AUGGAGACGGACAAGCUGUCCACUGGGAACCGCGGCGCAACUGGCACCGCCGAAGUCUUGUCUGGCGCAGCGCCGGUAGAAUCUACCGCUGUCGCUCAGACCAUUGAUAAGGCCGUCGAUACUGAGCCCGGGUUCGACGCUGGCCUCGACAAUGAUGCAGACACUGCUAUCACCGAGGAGGACAGACAUCUCCUGCGCCGGAUUCCCGACUCCAUUCCCAUGAUUUCAUACAUCAUUUGCAUUGUCGAGUUUGCCGAGCGGGCCUCGUACUAUGGCGCCAAAACCGUCUUUAACAAUUUCUUACAAUUUCCGCUUCCCAAGGACGGGAAUGGUAGUGGCGCAGUCCCCAGCUCGAAUCCCAACGGCCAUGCUGGUGCACUUGGAAAGGGCUUGCAGUUCUCUUCUGCAUUCGUCAUCCUAUUCACCUUCCUGGCCUAUUUCUUUCCCAUCCUGGGUGCCUGGAUCGCCGACGCGAAACUCGGCCGCUUCAAGACAAUCAUGAUUGGUGUUAUCAUCGGCGCCGUGGCUCACGUCAUUAUGGUCGGCGGCGCGGCGCCUGCCGUCCUAGUCGCCGGCAAUGGUCUGGCCCCUUUCCUGAUCAGCUUCUUCCUCCUCGCCAUCGGCGCCGGCAUCUUCAAGCCCAACGUCGCGCCCACGGUGAUCGACCAAUACCGCCAUCAGAAGGAGUACGUCCGCACCCUCGGCUCGGGCGAGCGCGUCAUCGUCGACCCGGAGCGCACGAUCCAGCGCAUCAUGCUCAUCUUCUACGCCUUUGUCAACAUGGGCAGCUUCUUCAUGAUCGCGACGACCUACACGGAGAAGUACCUCGGCUUCUGGGUCUCCUUCCUCCUGCCGACCAUCCUCUACGUCCUCAUCCCGGCCUUGCUGCUCGCCGUCCGCAAGAAGCUCGUCAGGCGCGCCCCCUCGGGCUCGGAGCUGACCACCUUCUUCAAGAUCGUCGGCCGCGCCGUCCGCGAGAACAAGGGCAACAUCUUCGCCAGGGACUUCUGGCGCGCCGCCGCGCCGAGCACCCUCGCCGCCAGGGGCGUCCGCGUCUCGUGGAGCGAGCGCGCCGUCGAGGACGUGCGGCGCACCUUUGAGGCCUGCGUCAUCUUCCUCUACUUCCCCGGCGCCGCCAUGCGCACCGAUGGCGCGCCCAACGACCUCAUCGGCAACUUCAACCCGCUCACCAUCAUCGUCUGCACGCCCGUCCUCGCCUACGGCCUGUACCCCCUGCUGGCGCGCUGGAAGAUCCGCUUCGGCCCCGUCCGCCGCAUGACCUUUGGCUUCGCGCUGGCGGCCGUCUCGGGCGCCGUCGGCGCCGUCGUGCAGUGGCGCGUGUACGAGACCUCGCCGUGCGGGUACGCCGCGUCGGACUGCGACGGCGUGUCCCCCUUGUCGAUCUGGUGGCAGAUCCCCAACACGGCGCUGGGGGCCCUGUCGGAGCUGUUCUGCACCGUGACGGCGCAGGAGAUGGCCUACGCCCGGUCGCCGCCGCAUCUCAAGUCGGUCACCAUGGCCUUGUUCCUCUUCACCCAGGCGCUCUCGGCGGCUCUGUCUGAGAUCCUGAUCCCGGCCAUCAUUGACCCGCAUCUGAUUUGGGUGUGGGCUGGGCCUGCAAUCGCUCUUGUUGGGCAGACCGUGGUGUUCUGGGUGCGGCACCAUCAUGUCGACAACGAGGUGUACAUGCUGGAUCAAGGCGAGGAUAGUUCUGUUUCGGCGGAGGCUGAGAAGACCAAUGUCUAG